AUUACAAUUGCCCAGCAAUUAUUCCGAGAAAAAGUGUUGGAAAGUAUUGUUUUUACAGUAGAAGAAUUAUGCAGUGUUUGAGAUCAAGGAAAAAUAUGGUUAGUAGGGUUUUGGGUUGCGAAUUUAUGGUGUGUUCUUCAAGAUUUGAGGAAUGGCAAUGUCGAAUAUGUAUAUUGGGAAUGCAAUUUUAUGAGAAGAGCUUGGUUAUUUGAAGAAUGAUUUGGUGGAUGCUCGAAGGGUAUUUCGAAAACAGAGUUAGUUGUGUUCUUCUUCUGGGGAGUUUUUUGCGAAAAUAUGAAGGAGAUGAUACCCAUGAAGCAGGCAUCUGGUAAUUUAUUUUCAAGAAACCCUUCUGCUAUAAAUGGCGGAGAACAGCGGCAGGAGGAUUUUCAACAAAAACGAAAUUGCAGAAGAUUGGUGUUUUCAAUGUAAAGAUGGAGGAGAGCUCAUGAUUUGUGAUAAUGGGGGAUGUUUGAAAGCUUAUCACCCUAAAUGUGCGGGGGUAGAGGACUCAGUUUUGACAAGUGAUGAACCUUGGAUAUGUGGACGACAUACAUGCUUAAUUUGCAAAGGAAAAUCAUAUUAUCACUGUUAUUGUUGUAUAAGAGCUGCAUGCUCGAGCUGUAUUGGCCUUAUCGAUUUUGUCCAUCUUAAAGGGAGGAAUGGAUUGUGCAAUAAUUGCCUAAAGCUCGCAUUGCUUGUGGAAGAAGACAAGAAUAUUGAUUCUGAUGGGGAAAAAGUAGACUUCAGAGAUCGCGAAACACAAGAGGGCCUUUUCAGGGAGUAUUACGAGAUAGUAAAGGAAAAAGAAGGAAUUGACAAAAAUAAACUUCUUGCUGGUAAGGCUCUACUAGACAAGGAGAAGAUAUGCCAAAUUAGCUCUUAUUCAGAUAAACGUUGUGAGAAACAGGAUGAGCAGCUUUCUUUAGACAAUGAAGAUUUCAACGAUGGCGAACCUCAGAAGAAAAAGCUUAAAAUGAAAAGAUGUACACAGCAGAAAACAAAGACGCAAAGCAAAGUCAUCGGCAGCCUUGAACAAAACAAAAUAUCCUCAAUUUGGUAUUCAACUGCACCACAAAGUCAAUUUGCAGCCUUGAUUCCUGAAAAUAUCAAACUCGUUUACCUGAAGCGGAGCUUGGUAAUGGAGUUGAUCAAGCAGCCUGAGUCAAUUAAAACCAAGAUUAUAGGAAGUUUUGUUCGGGUCAAGUUAGAUCCACGUGAUUCUGAGCAGCAUAACUCUCAUCAGCUUAUGCAAAUUACAGGAGUGUUCUCAGGGAUCAAGCUUGGAUCAAGUGAUACGUGCAACAGCGAGAGUUUAAUUGAAGUUUCAAAUAUGGCAACAGAUGUUAGCUUGACCAUGCUUUCAGAUGCUGAGAUUUCUGAGGAAGAUUGUGAUGUGCUCAGAAAAAAUGUGAAAGCUGGGCUUCAAAAGAAGCCUACAAUUGUGGAGCUUGAACAGAGGGCUAAAAUCCUUCACGAGGACAUCACAAAGCAUAGGAUUGCUCAAGAGCUUGAAUUGUUGCAAAAACUCAUUGAUCGAGCAAAUGAGAAAGGACGGAGACAGGAACUUUUCCAGCAUCUGGAGAAAAGAAAGCUCCUACAGCAAGCUUCGUACCUGUCAUUUGUGCUGCAGAAUAUUCCCCAAGUGACUCCAGAGAAAAUAGAGCUUGAAUCUCUAGAUAGGAAUGACAAUCAUAUGCAUCGAGGAAUGGCUGAAGAUGAGAGGAAUGGAAAUAAGAUGCAUCAAUGCGAAGAUGAGACAACCACCCCUACAAAGAAAAAUAUUCCUGGGGUGAUUCCCGAAAAAGUAGGACUUGAACCUCUGGCUGAAAAUGAGGAUGAGAACCUUUCUUCAGACAAUUUCAGUGAUGGAGGACCUCAGAAGAAAAGGGCUGAAAAGAAAAUAUGUACACAACAGAAAACAAAGAUGCAAAGAAGCGACACUUCACAGAAAAAAGAAUUUGUUGGAUGGGGAUCAAAAUCUCUAAUUGACUUUCUUCAGCUUAUAGGUCACGAUACCAGAGAAAAAUUAUCCCCAUAUGAUGUGACAUCGAUGGUAAGUAAAUAUGUAAAUGAAAAUAACCUUAUCCAUCCGGUUGAAAGGAGAAAGAUCCUUUGUGAUGUUCAGUUAGAAGCUAUUUUGGGGAAAAAAGUAGUAAACAAAGACAAAAUAUUUAGCCUCCUUAUAAGCCAUUUUGUUGAAAAUGAGGAGCGAUUACAAAAGGAUGAGCUUGAUCAUGAUCUUGAAGACAAUGACACAGAAAUGUUGGUGGCUUCUAAAACUGAGAAAAAGGUUGAACAAAACAAAAGAUCCUCAAUUUCGUAUUCAACAGCAGCACAAAGUCAAUUUGCAGCCUUGAUUCCUGAAAAUAUCAAACUCGUUUACCUGAAGAGGAGUUUGCUUCUGGAGAUGAUCAAGAAGCCUGAGUCAUUUGAAACCAAGAUUAUAGGAAGUUUUGUUCGGGUCAAGUUAGAUCCACGUGAUUUUGAGCUGCGUAACUCUCAUCAGCUUGUGCAAAUUACAGCGAGUGUUUCAGGGAUCAAGCAUGGAUCAAGCGAUAACUGCUGUUGCAAGAGUUUAAUUCAAGUUUCAAAUAUCACUGAAAAUGUUUGCUUGAACACGCUUUCUGAUGAUGAGUUUUCUAAUGAAGAAUGUGAUGAGUUCAGAAAGAAAGUCAAAGCUGGGAUUUUCAGAAAGCUUACAGUUGUGGAGCUUGACCAGAAGGCUAAAAUCCUUCAUGAGGACAUCACUAAUCAUAGGAUUGCUCGAGAGCUGGAACUUGCGCUGCAGAAUAUUCCUAGAGUGAUUCCAGAGGAAGUAGAGCUUGAAUCUCUUGAUGGGGAUGACAAUCAGAUGCACCUAUGCUCAGAUGAGGCAACCCUACAGAGAGAAAUAAUCUUGGAGUGAGAGGGAUGGUAAUAAGAUGCAUUAAUGCGCGGAUGAGACAACUCCUCCUGGAGUUGUCAAAUGUGAUCCGGAAAAUGGAGCACCUUGCGCAGGUAGUUAGUAGAUUGUAAGGAUGAUAUGUGCAACUCACCAUCUUCUCCUUCCUUGUUUAAAUUGGUGUUGUCAAGCCUUUGCUGGAAAACUUUAGUAGAUCGUCUUUGACGGAGAGAAGAUGCUUCUAUCAGUUGCAGAUCUUACCUUGGUAUUUUGAAUUUAGUUGCGACAAAGAUUAUUCAGUUUUAGCUUAUUACAGCCAGUUAAAACUUUUUCCGGACCGCUUUAGUUGUUAUGAAAAAAACCAGGUUUACUCAUAUCAUGAUUCAUGAGAAGGAUCAAGGGGUAUAUGGUUUAUUCUUUUCAACUUAUAUCCAUUUUCCAGAAA